AAUGGAUCCAUAAUAACAUAAAAUAGUCGAUAUCUUAUUUGAAGAAAUAGAUUCCACUUAAACACAUGCUACAAAGGAAUACUAAAACCUUUAUAAAGGUUAAAUCACUGUUUUAAGAGCAUUACAUCAAACUGCCGGUAGAGGUUAGUUUGAUAGAAAAUGGGAAUGUCAAUCAAAAAGAAACAUCUUAACUACCAUAAUCUUCCCUUAUUUUACAAAUAUAUAGUAUUUAAAGAAUAUUACUCCAGUUAUUGGAUACACAAUUGUGAAACUCUAUAAGGAAUUAUACAAUUUAGAUGCUGAAUUGAAGUGGGUCAAUGACAUUGAACUUAACUCAAAAAAAUCAGGUGGAAUCUUAACAGAAUCAGAAUAAAUAGGGGAUGAAUUGGUAUUAUAUGUAGGAAUAGGUCUUAAUGUGAAUUGGUGUAUCUAAGGAGCUACAUGUCUUGAAGAAAAUACAGGUAAGGAAGUUGAUCAAGAAGAAUUAUUUUAGAAAUUAAGAGAAAGAGUAAUCAAAACCUUGUAUUAAUUGAAUGAACAUGGUUUUGAAAUGUUUAGAGAAGGAAUCAAUUAGAUUUUAUACAGAAAAGGAUAAUUAUGUGACUUUGUAGAUUCCAAAACUUUAGAAAUAGUUUAUUCAGGAAUUGUUGAGGAAUUGAACAAGAAUGGAGACCUUGUUAUUAGAGGUCAAGAUGGAUUAUCUAGAGUGGUAGAUCCAAAUGUGAGAAUGAAAAUAUGA